CCUCACAUCAUGCCUACCUAUUGACGGAAUCAGCAGCAGCUGCACAUUUCAAUGUGCUAAGCUUUGAUACGUGCAGUCUCUUCAAAACAGCCGCUACAACUGCGAGUUCUUAUAACAUGAACAAUAAUAACCACGCAACAGUGAACAAUAAUCAUCAGGCUCAUCAACAAACUCAGCUGCUUAAUAACAAUCAACAGCAGCAAUUAUCUCAGCAACAACAAAUGCAGCAACCAUCGAUUCAACAGCAAAGUCAUCAACAGCAACAGCAGCAAGUAACUACAAUAGUUACUACAAACAGUGGCAAUACAAGCUCACAUUCCACAAUCUCUAUGACUCAGUCAAAAUCUGAUUCAAUCUCCUUGCUGCCAUCAACAACCAAAACAACUACUGCUACAUCUAGUGGACAUCAUUGUCACCCUACGUUGAAUAUACAAGAUACACAGCAGCAUACCACUGAUCGCAGUGUGCAACAUCAGCAAACUGGAGAUUUGAAUACACCUGUGACAACAUCUGCUGAUAUUCCAUCAUUCUUUGGACCCUCAACUGUUGUUGAACCUCCCAUCAUUACUGGUUCAAUCGAAUCUGAGGAUUUGUCAUUGGAACCUCAAAACAUAUCUAGUCCCGGUAGUCUUUGCAGUCCCUCGAAACAAGAGCGCAUCACUCCACCAGCUAUCGUCGUCGAAGAAGAAACAAGUAAUGCUAGUAACAGUCAAUCUCACUCCUAUCAACCCGCACAACAUCUCAAUCAUCAUCUUCAAACAAGUCACAUUAAUCACCCACACGAUCAUCUUCAUAACAAUCACAAUAACAGUCAUCUUCAUGAAAAUCGUCAGCAUUCAUCAAAUCACGAUAAUUUGCAUAACACAAAUACACAUUCAAAUGAUCAUUAUCAUGAUGGUAAAAUUUCUUAUCGAGGUGUUUUUGCAACUGCAGGUACAGGAUCUAGUCCAAAUGGAGGUAACACGGGGACUCAUUUUUCAUCACAUCUUACGAUCAUACCGAGUCAGAUGUCACCACCAUCAGCGUCGAGUUUAAAUUGGGCUUUGCCAAGUCCCGAGAAAACAUUGUUUCAACAGCCAAUGUUCAGCUUAUUUAGUUCAUCUCAAAGCACUUCACAAGCACACUUUCAGCCACAAAAUCCUGGUGGUCAUCAUUCUCAUCAUCAUUAUGAUGAACGACUACCCCAUCAUCAAGUCGAACUUCUAGGAUUGAAUAUGGAUUCAAGUAUUUUGCUUAAACAAUCGAAUAAUUAUGGAGCUUGUGUUGUUCCAACUUCACUAUCGUCUUUAGAAAUUCAGCAACAAGAAUUGCAUCAAUAUUCAAGAAACGACAGUGUAAGCGCACCAAAAUAUCAGUGGCUAGAUUCACCAGUUGAAUAUGGAUCUCCGCAACAAAGUCAGCAACAGUUUGGUCAGGAACAAUCUGCUUCUUCGGCAUCAUCGAGUUCAGUAUUAAUACCAAAACAAGAACCUUACUCUACGCCAUCAUCCUGUCAACCAAGUGAUUCUAGCCAUUUACAAAAUCAAACAAGUAAUCAAGGAUCGUACGCUGUUCAAUUAGCUGAAUAUAAUCAAGCAACAAGUAAAGGCCAUGAGAUUCUAUCUCAGGUUUAUCAGCAAAGUCCAAUGCCAUUGAAGUUAGUUCCAGUAAAGCCACGCAAGUAUCCAAAUCGACCAAGCAAAACUCCAGUUCAUGAACGUCCAUAUGCAUGUCCUGUUGAAAACUGUGAUCGUCGUUUCUCCCGUUCUGACGAGCUUACACGUCAUAUCAGAAUUCAUACUGGUCAAAAGCCUUUCCAAUGUCGCAUAUGUAUGAGAUCGUUCUCACGAUCCGAUCAUUUAACAACUCACAUUCGUACUCAUACCGGCGAAAAGCCUUUCAGUUGUGACACGUGUGGACGUAAAUUUGCGCGUUCAGAUGAGAAGAAAAGGCAUGCGAAAGUUCACUUGAAACAGCGAAUCAAAAAAGAGAAGCUAAAUCAAAGUAGCAGCAGCAGUAGUAAUAAUAACAAUCAUCACCACCAAACAAUCACUCAUCAUCAUAUGCAAGAAAUUUCAGGAGUACCUUUGCUUUCAUCAUCGAUAAAUACAACAUCGUCAUUGUAG